CCAGUCCGCGCCUCCUCGCCUCCCUGCCCGCUCCCCGCUGUGCACCGCGCCCCGCGCCCCGCGCCCCGCGCCUGCCUCCCCGGCCCGGCCCGGCCGGGCGCUGUCCACCCGAGGGAGCCCGCGCCCUGCGACUGCCCGACCCUCCACCCGCCCCACGAGCCGGGCACCGGUGCCAGAAGCCCUGCUGAAUCAACUGAGAAGAGAGCUGUGGAGCAAUCAUCAUGAGUAUCUCAGCUCUUGGAGGCCGCACCAAAGGGAAGCCUCUGCCACCAGGCGAGGAGGAGCGCAAUAACGUUCUCAAGCAGAUGAAAGUGCGAACCACGCUGAAGGGGGACAAGAGCUGGAUUACCAAGCAGGAUGAAUCGGAGGGUCGCACCAUAGAGCUGCCCUCAGGCCGGAGUCGCGCCACAUCCUUUUCAUCAGCUGGGGAGGUUCCGAAGCCUAGGCCUCCGAGCACAAGGGCUCCCACUGGCUACAUCAUCCGGGGAGUGUUCACCAAGCCCAUAGACAGCUCUUCCCAGCCCCAGCAGCAGUUCCCCAAGGCCAAUGGGACUCCAAAAAGUGCUGCCAGUCUGGUGAGAACAGCUAACACUGGUCCUCCCCGCCCCUCCUCCUCUGGCUACAAGAUGACCACUGAAGAUUACAAGAAGCUGGCACCCUACAAUGUCAGGCGCAGUUCUACAUCAGGGGACACCGAGGAGGAGGAGGAAGUGGUGCCUUUCUCCUCAGAUGAACAGAAACGGAGGUCAGAGGCUGCAAGCAGUGUUCUGAGGAGGACAGCUCCCCGGGAACACUCCUACGUCCUGUCAGCGGCCAAGAAGAGCACUGGCAGUUCUACCCAGGAGACACAGGCACCGUUUAUCGCGAAGAGGGUGGAGGUGGUGGAAGAGGACGGGCCUUCUGAGAAGAGCCAGGACCCACCUGCUCUGGCAAGAUCCACUCCUGGCUCAAACAGUGCGGAUGGAGGCAGGACCAAAGUGUCUCGGGCAAUUUGGAUCGAGUGCCUGCCAAGUAUGCCUAGCCCCGCUAGGAGCCAGGAGCUCAGCUCAAGAGGUGAGGAAAUUGUCCGCCUGCAGAUCCUGACACCCAGGGCAGGACUCCGCCUGGUGGCCCCAGACCUGGAAGGCAUGAGGUCUUCCCCAGGCAACAAAGACAAGGAGGCACCCUGCUCCAGAGAGCUCCAGAGGGACCUGGCUGGUGAGGAGGCUUUCAGGGGCCCCAACACAGACGCUGCAAGGUCAAGUGCACAGUUGAGUGAUGGCAAUGUGGGAUCCGGAGCCACGGGCUCCCCGCCUGAAGGCUUGGCUGCAGUAGACAUCGGCUCCGAGAGAGGAAGCUCCAGUGCCACUUCAGUCUCUGCUGUCCCUGCUGAUAGGAAGAGCAACAGCACAGCAGCCCAGGAGGAUGCAAAGGCAGACCCAAAGGGGGCCUUGGCUGAUUAUGAGGGGAAGAAUGUGGCCACCAGGGUCGGAGAGGCCUGGCAGGAGAGGCCUGGAGCUCCAAGAGGUGGCCAAGGAGACCCAGCUGUACCCACUCAGCAACCUGCAGAUCCCAGCACCCCAGAGUGGCAGAGCAGCCCCAGCGGAUCUGAGCAACUUGUCAGACGAGAGAGUUGUGGCAGCAGGAGAGUGCCACAGCCAGACUCGAGUCCAAAGAAGAUCCCUCCAUUGCCCUGUGGAGGACCAGGCCAGGGGAGUAUACGACGAGACAAGGCAGGAGGCCAUAUUGGAGACUGUUUGCUUACACCAGGGGCAAGCGUGUUGGCUGAUUUUGAGGGGAAGGAUGUGGCCACCAAGGUUGGAGAGGCCUGGCAGGACAGGCCUGGAGCCCCAAGAGGUGGCCAAGGAGACCCAGCUGUACCCACUCAGCAACCUGCAGAUCCCAGCACCCCAGAACAGCAGAACAGCCCCAGCGGAUCUGAGCAAUUCGUCAGACGAGAGAGCUGCACCAGCAGGGUGAGGAGCCCCUCGAGCUGCAUGGUCACUGUUACUGUCACUGCCACUUCUGAGCAGCCUCACAUUUAUAUUCCAGCCCCCGCAAGUGAAUUGGACUCCAGCUCUACCACCAAAGGGAUUCUCUUCGUGAAGGAGUACGUGAAUGCUAGUGAAGUGUCUUCUGGGAAGCCAGUAUCUGCACGCUAUAGCAACGUCAGCAGCAUUGAGGACUCAUUCGCCAUGGAGAAGAAGCCUCCAUGUGGCAGCACUCCAUACUCUGAGAGGACAACUGGAGGGAUCUGUACUUACUGCAACCGUGAGAUCCGAGAGUGUCCAAAGAUUACCCUAGAACAUCUUGGUAUCUGCUGCCAUGAAUAUUGCUUUAAGUGUGGGAUUUGCAGUAAACCGAUGGGCGAUCUCCUGGAUCAGAUCUUCAUUCACCGUGACACCAUUCACUGUGGGAAAUGCUAUGAGAAGCUCUUCUAGCGCCCCCCCCCACUGCCAGGCUGAUCAGAAGCUGAUGACUCGUGGACAAAUUUGGCUGUCCCCAGUUUUGCCCCAAGUUGCUGUCUCCCCUUCCCUCACCUCCUCCCUCCCUGUUUGAUUUCUUCAUGCUUUUGCCCUUCUCAAGUUGAAGUUGCAUACAUCCAAUAUCGUAUCUUAAUGAUGCUAUGAUAAUUGCUUGUGUGUGUAGCUUCUUAUAGCUUAGAAAGCGCUUUAUGUCCAUGAUGUCAUUUCAGGCUCAACCAAAAAGGAUCAAACAGGAAUUCCAUCUUGGCUUCCCUAAGACAGAUUGGCUUUCUAAUGAGUUUAAGUGGGCAGAAGUGUAGGGUUCAGUGUGUCCUGACUCCCUUGAGGCUUAUAAUGGGCCAAGUUGAAGACUGUUGAUGAUCCCUGGUGGGUAAAUUGCAGACAUCAAAUGCUAGGGAUUGGCAUAGGCUAGUGUUUAGCUUGUCUAUUUGCCAUAUCUAUUUUUUUUUAAAUUUCCAUACACUUGUAAAAGUAGUUAGUUGCUUUUGAUUGAGUUAUAUAGCAGUUUUUCAUUUGGUCUUCCACUCACCUUUCACUAUAUUUGAGUGUUCCCUUACAGGUAUGUUGGCAUGUGUUGGAAAAUUUACACAAUUAGGUUUAAGUUCAGUAGGAUGUGAUUUUAGGAUGCUACUGAUCAAAGUGAUAUCUGUGUCUGUUGGAAUCUUGAUAGCUGAUUAAUUUGCCCUCAAUUCUGCUCCCUGAACUUUACACAUAAAUCUUCCCAAGUGGGUUUUAGGGUAUAUAGAUCCCAGCAGGAUUAAGGAGGUGGAAAAGCAGCUAACAUUUCUUGAGGCUCUACCACAUAGCAGGCACUGUCACAAAGUAAUGGCAUUAAUCCCCAUAAUAAUCCUGUGAAGGUGAUAUUCUCAUCCCAUCUUAGACAUGAGGAUAUUGGAACUCAGAGAGGUGGCUAUUGCAUUGCACAGAACUCUACAGAGCCCAUGCUCUUCCCAGAGCAGCACCCACAAAAGCAAGCAUUGAUUUUGUGCUCAGUGUGUGCCAAGCACUGUGCAGAGGGUACACAGUUCCUGCCAGGUUAACACCCUCCCUUCAGGCCUCCCAAAGGCAUAGGCUUGCAAAGAGCAGAAGGUGUGAAAUCACACUCUUCCUCUGGGCAUCCUGGAUCCCUGAAUUAUCCCCCCCCCCGCCCCCCCCAUGAAGUACUUCAAGGGCCAAGCUGCCCCUUUCCCUCCUCUCCGCCCAUGAAAAUGCCUCCAAACUGAGAUGCUUUCAGCUGAGAACAGAUUUGACUCACAGACAUUACCAAAGAGGAGCUUGUGAAUCCGGGAAAAGCUCCAGGGGGCUAGCUGAUCUGAGCAGAGAGCUUUCAGUGACCCAUUUUCCUGUCUAGACUCUGCCUUAAGCUAGUGACAACUGCUGGGGCCCCAGGUACUUGGGACAUGGAAACUCGUUGGAUGGCUAGGCAGAUGUAAGCCUGUCCAUGCAGUCAGCCGACCCCUCUGCUCAGGUUCAGCUGGACUCUGCCAUCUGUGGGCCCAGCAUCACUCUGUAAGUUCCUUGAAAGGAAGAACAACCUUAGGGUAUUUCUGAUUCAAAAUGAUGGCCUCUGCUCUUGAUUUAAUUAUAAAAUGUCUACGUCUUUCUCCAGUUUCUGAGCCCUAUGCACAUUGGCUUGUGGACUUGUUCUUCCUGCCAAAUGAUCAGAGAGGAACAUUCCAUUUAUUUGUAUUGGAUUUCCUCUGGAGGGCAUGUACCCACACUAAAUACCAACUGCUCUUCCUCAGCUGUAGUCCCCAACAUCAGACUUGGCACAUGGUGGACACUAACACACAGGUACUCAAUGAAUGAGUGAAGGAAGUAAAAGUCACCCCGUUGGUGAGAGGUGCUAUCCCUGAGUCUCAGUGCAGGCCCAGUGGAUGAAAGGCAAGGUAAACAGGCCCAAGAUAGGCUGGCUUCCCCCGUUCAAGGUAUAGUCUGCCUUUAAGGGAGUUUUAGAACCAACAUGCAAGACAUUGAAAGAAAUCUUGCAAGAGCCAUUAUUGACUUAGAUCCAAAACAGCCUCUCUCAUGUCUAAAAAGGCACAGAAUUUUGCAGAUCUGAGGAAGAGGGAUGCAUUACCUUUUUGCUUCUUUUCAAUUGCUUAGUGUUUCCAAUCAUACUUAAUCCACAUUAAUGUGCACAAUUAUAAUAAAUGGUAAGAUAUUACAUGUGUCA